AUUUGUAGAACCAUUAUGUCUGAUUCUUGUUAUGUGUGAGGUUUUGAAUUUCUUGGCUCUGUCCUUGAGCUUCAUAUAAUGGUCAAAUGGUGAAAGAUGUGAAUUUUUUUUUUUUUUUUGUACCUCAGCACUCAAGAAAUUCUAGGACAAAUAUUCCCAAAUUCUAGCAAUCAUAGAAGAAAUUCUAUUACAAAUCUCUCUCUUUCCCUCUCUGGUGUUAACUCCUUGCAAAAUUCUGUUACAAAGUCAAGUUCAUGAAUCUGUUUUCUUGGUUAACCUUUUCAUAACAACUGUCUGUCAGCAAAAUACAAAAAACAGGAAUCUUUUGUUUGUUUCUCAUUUUUUGAUUAAUAGCCUGAGGCCAAUAUGGGUCCUUGAGGAAGAGGAUUCUUAACUGAGUUGAAAAUCGACUAGAGCUUCUUUUAUAUCCACUGUCUGGUCUUGUUAUGGACAUAAAAUCUGGUCACUCGUCUCCUGUAAUGACUGAUUCUCCACCAAUAAGCAACUCAAUAUUAACCAUUCGUCAGAAUAGACUACCAUACUCAUCAUCAGCAGCAGCAGCCACGGCGCUCUCACAGAACAACAAUCUUUUUCUAACUGUUCCCAGAAAGAAAACUGGGAUUCUUGAUGAUGUUAAGUCUAGUGGUUGGCUCGAUGCAAUGAAAUCUUCUUCUCCUCCCCCAGCAAUAGUUAACAAAGACAACAUUAGCAGCGAUGCUACUGACAUGAGUUAUCGCGAAUGGACGCAGCUCAAGUAUCCAUCAGCUCUUACUACUUUUGAGAAAAUCAUGAGUUUUGCAAAAGGGAAAAGAAUAGCAUUGUUUCUUGAUUAUGACGGCACACUUUCGCCUAUAGUUGAGGAACCUGAUUGCGCUUACAUGUCAAGUGCUAUGCGCGCUGCAGUGCAAAACGUUGCCAAGUACUUCCCAACCGCUAUCAUUAGUGGAAGAAGCCGUGAUAAGGUGUAUGAGUUUGUUGGACUGAGUGAACUUUACUACGCCGGAAGCCAUGGAAUGGACAUCAUGAGUCCUGCAGGAGAAUCUUUAAACCAUGAACAUCUCAGCCGUACUGUAUCAGUGAACGAACAGGGGAAAGAUGUGAAUCUAUUCCAGCCUGCUAGCGAGUUUCUACCGAUGAUUGAUAAGGUGCUUUGUUCGCUUGUGGAGAGUACAAAAGGCAUCGAUGGGGUAAAAGUAGAAGACAACAAGUUCUGCAUCUCUGUGCAUUACCGCAAUGUAGAAGAAAAGAACUGGACAUUGGUUGCACAACGCGUCGAUUAUGUCAUUAGAACAUAUCCAAACCUACGUCUAACACAUGGCCGGAAGGUUUUAGAGAUCCGUCCUGUUAUUGACUGGGACAAAGGGAAAGCUGUGACAUUUCUACUCGAAUCUCUCGGCCUAAACAAUUGUGAUGAUGUUCUUCCAAUCUAUGUUGGGGAUGAUCGAACAGAUGAAGAUGCAUUUAAGGUGUUACGAGAUGGACCAAACCACGGUUAUGGUGUAUUAGUCUCUGCUGUCCCUAAAGACAGCAAUGCCGUUUACUCGCUUCGCGAUCCAUCCGAGGUGAUGGAGUUUCUGAAAUCAUUAGUGACAUGGAAGAGAUCAUUGGAGUAGAAGAAAAUGGCUGACUAUAUAAUAUAUUUAUAUAUUUAGGUCCAGAAAAGUAUUUAUAUGUAUGGAAGUUAGAAGAUUAUUGUUGUAUAGAGGAUUCGGGGAUAGAGAGAGAUGAUGCAAAAGUAAAGAUUUAGUUUUCUUUCUUUAGUUGUUUAAAUACAGUUUGAGAUAGGUGACGUUGGAGAGAGAUCAUAUGAAGGCUUAAAACAUGGCGGAGAUCCUUUUUACGAUUAAUCUCUCAUCCUCAUUUUCUUCUUGCAACUGUAAAUUCUUCAUUCAGUUUUGGACAACAGUUAUCAUAUUACUGAAUUCCGGAUUGAUUCAAAUCAUUUGUUUCA